UGUCGACCGUUACAGCUUCCAACUCCCCCUCUUUGGAACCACUUCUUCCCCUCUGUUGGGGAAGGGGGCUGCCUUUCUUAAUCGCCCCCUUCCGCUCUCUGUUAUUUUCUUUCUUCUUUCUGUCACUCUUUAAUUCUCUGAUCUACCCCUCUACCACACAAUGUCGAACGGAACAACACAAUCAAGACCCCUCACCCCGGGUGUCUACGUCCCUACCAUCGCCUUCUUCAAGGGCCCCGAGGAAGAGGUCGACGUUGCGACCGUCGAGCGUCAUGCUGUCUACCUUGCCAAAGCCGGAGUCGCUGGUCUGGUCGUCCAAGGGAGCAACGGUGAAGCUGUCCACCUCGACCGGGAGGACCGCAAGAUCAUCACGGCCGCCACUCGUCGCGCCCUCGACGCCAAUGGCAGCGAGUCCCUGCCCUUGAUGGUCGGCACCGCUGCCUCCUCCACCCGCGAAACCAUCCAGUUCUGUCGCGAUGCCGCCGAGUCCGGAGGCGAUUACGCUCUCGUGCUACCCCCGUGCUACUACAAGUCCCUCGUGAACAACGAAGCUCUCCUCAACUACUUCCGCGAUGUAGCCGAUGCCUCCCCGAUUCCCAUCCUCAUCUACAACUUCCCCGGUGCUUCGUCCGGACUGGACCUCAACUCGGACGAUAUCCUGGCUUUGUCCAAACACCCCAACAUCGUCGGUGUCAAGCUCACCUGCGGCAACACGGGUAAACUGGCACGUAUUGCAGCCAAGGCCCGUCCUGAAUUCCUCACAUUCGGUGGAUCGGCCGAUUUCACCCUGCAGACUCUCAUCGCCGGUGGUGCGGGUGUCAUUGCGGGAAUCGCCAACAUCGUUCCACGGUCGUGUGUGCGGGUCAUGGAGCUGUACCGCAGCGGCAAAGUGGAGGAGGCACAGAAGCUGCAGGCUAUCGUGGCGCGUGCCGACUGGUUGGCUAUUCGAGGCGGAUUUGUCGCCGUCAAGAGUGUUCUCGAGUCGUAUCGCGGAUAUGGUGGACUGCCGCGACGACCGUGUGUUGCUCCUUCGGCGCAGGAGGCGCAGGCGUUCAAGGACGAUCUCCGCGAGGGUAUGGAUCUGGAGCGGAGCUUGGAGUAGAUGACUUACAUAUAUGUGUGGAUGUAUAAUGCAUGAAUGGAAUUAAUGUGCUUGAUGACUUGAACUGAUUUUAUCUGAUGCGACCGUAAAUCGGUAGGAAGUGUGCCUUAUUAUGGCCCCUCAAUUGCAACCAGCGGAUGCAACGGUGACAUCAUGUUUAUUGUGAUCAUCUAUACAAUGCUUCAACAUUGGGCAACUGAACAUUCGCUGGCAUAAAUUUAGACCAAAGUAUUAAUUAAUUAAGAUGACAUCAGAUCCAG